AUGGAGUCCAUCGUCUCUAAAGUGCACACCUCGCUCGUUGACCUCGCAGCGACAUAUGCAGACGCCGGGCGUGAGAACGUCACGCUCAGUCUGAUGGCAGACUUCCAGCGCGCUGUGUUCCCGCUGCUCGAUGAGCGCAUUCGCAUCAAGGACCUCGAGCAGUCCGAGGAGCUUAGGGACGAGAUGGUACAGCUGCUUGGAGACGAGCAUCCCACGAAGCCUGCAUGGCCCUACCUCAACCAGCUGGAUAAGCAGGACAGGUGCUUCGCCAAGAUGGGCUGUAAGUUUCAGCUCGGAGCAGGACUCUACAGGUCGCCGUCAUGCGAAGAGCACUUUGUGUGCAAAAACCACCAGUCGAGCCCUUGCAUUGCAAAGCACGAGCAGGCAUCGGACUAUAUUAGCAAGACUAAGCACGAUGGGAAGGAAACAGCUGCAAGCCCAGAGAAGCCGGAAAACGAGCCUAGAGUGAGGGCAGAUCUGGCAAAAAGUAUGUUUGGGGAUGAUAAAAUAGACAGAGCAGAUGCAGUAGAGAAGUCUGCGGGUAAAAGAGACGCGGACGACGACUGA